CGCACUGUCAACGCCGCGUCGCGACCGUCUUCAGGACCGAUUCUCUCGUCUCGCUGUCGUUUCCACGCGACGUCGCGCCGUCAGCCGUCUUGCCAGCGGUCGGGUCACGAGCAUAGCUUGGAUUAUACUAUAUCGGCUUCUCGAUUGCGUUGGUCGCCUGCCCCGCAUCGAGAAAUGCGUGGGACGCCGGGAAAGGUGCUCGCACCGGUCUCCUCCGGCUCGCUGGUAGUCACCGGUUCGUGAUUAAGAGAGCAACGUCGCCGGGGAACUCGCUCGAGAACCUCUUUGCCGAGAACGCACGAUCCUCGCAACCUGUUACCGGUCGCCGGUUGCGAAAUGCGCCCGUUACGGGAACUACCUGUUCACUGGCUCUGACUCGCACCCAGCGAACGGUUCGUUUCUCGCGUCUCUCGCGCGUCUUGUACCUCUUGUGCGUGGACAUCCAGAACGUGGAUAGAACAGCUCCGGUGAAAGUGAACACCGACGAAACCGCCUUCGUCGUUCGGGACUCCUGUGUCCAGUGAAUCCCGUGAAGAUUUUGGGCCGCUGGUGGUCCGCCGAGCGAGCGACCGGCUGAGAACCGCUGACCUGUGAUUUUACGAGAGCUAGAUAUUUGUGGUUUUAUGGUACCGCGCGAGUCUUUAUGGUUUUAUGACGGUUUCUGUGGAAGUGUAAUUUGCUUUCUGCGAGGCGUCGAGAGCGGAGGGGUCUUUGUAUCGGCUUCGGACAGUUCGCAGUGGCCUGGUGAUCGACGAGGUGUCACAGGAUCUCGUCAGGAGAAUCCUGGACGAACAAUCCCGGAAGUAUGAUCGCCCAAAUACGCCGCGGCUCUUGAUUUCAACCUGCACCGCCAGAGAACGAUCGAGGAACAAUGUUGCCGACGUCGAGGCUGUUAAGCGAGGAUCCACCAGGAUCUCCGGACCCUGGCGCGCCUUCCAGGGAUCCGGCAGCGGGAUUGGCUGUUCCGUCGAUCGUGGUAGAGGACGCUGAAGGAAACGACGACGAUCCGCCGCCUUACACCGCGAUCGCACCUCCGAAUCACGUCGGCUGGCCGUUCGUCUUUUCCGGGAUUCCGUAUUCGUUCUGCGGCACGACGCCCUGCAGAGCGAACGCGCCGUUGGCGUCGUUCCAGCCGUUGGCCCCGACGCCGACGCCGAUGCCGACGCCGGCACCGACGACGACGUCGGGCUCGGCGUUGCGUCCCGAAGGGACGGACGGUCAGCAGGCGUCAAUCUCCGUGCCUUUAAUGCCCUGCCAGCUGUUCAAGUUCGGCUCUCACAGAUCUCUGUUCGGGCACAGAGGCCUGCCGUUCUCGGAUAACAUCUCCGUGAGCAAGGGCGGCCACGGAAGGACGCGCAGAUAUGGCGCAAUACUCGUGGCCGCGGCGGUCAUCAUCUUCCUGAUGGCGCUGUCGUUGCUGGUGAGGUUCGUCAUGGAAAAAAGCCUCUGGAGACGCUAGGAGAUGCCGAGGAUACGUCGAUUUCCCGACGCGGGGAACGCUUUUCUCCAUUCCCGAUCCGGACUGAAUCUAGAGUAAGCGUUAUCACGGGAGUAAUUCCCUCCGCGUCAACGCAAAUUGCAAGUAUAAUUAGAACGCGAUUGCUGUCGCCUUUUGUCUCGCCUCGGAACAGAAUGCUCGCGAGUCUGCAGUCCUGUAAAUCGUAAGUGCAAUAUUACAUGCAUGUAUCCUCCGAGAUCCAUGCAUUGCAUAUCGCGCGAAUGCCAUUUCGCGGUUCGACAUUAGUCCUUAAACCUAAUGUACUUGUAUAGUGCGUAAUUUUUUACUUCUACUUGGUAUUUUGUAACUGUGUAAGAAAUAGAGAAUCUGAUAUUUUAAGAGA